AUGGCCAGCUAUCCUGGAGAACAGACCAAAAUACCUAAGCGGCUAGCAGAAGCUCUCGAGUAUCAAACGCUAACGCACCUCAUUCCAAAAAAUGUGCUUGCGAAACUUUUGCAGCAUAAUUUCCUGCUUUCGUUGAGAUACAAGUCGAAGGCGUUCGAUCCGACAAAGGCUGGUGGAGAAGCUCUGUCCUCAUUCGAGCCGCCACAAAACGAUAAUGUGGACCAAACGGAAUGCUUAAGUGAUGAUGACGGAUUACUAGGGAAGGCUUUCGGGCAACUCUCUCCUUUGGCGAGACGAUUCGUCGAAAAACCACCUGCUUACAAAGCUUCUCCGUUUGACGCGCCUUCCUUGAAACGAGAUCUCAAUAGCCUAGAGUGCGAGGAAGAUCAAAAGGCAGACGUCAGCUAUGUCAAGCUUACGAAACACCACCAGAAUAUGGCCAAACUAGCUAAUACUAUCGAGGAUGUUAAUCAAGCUGCCAUCAGGAAUCGACACAUGGAGGAGCUUGAGUGUCUUCUGCGUCAUAUCGGUCCGACCGAUCAAGGGAAAUAUAAUCCACUCUUUUGGGUUCGUCUGAAUGGCCAGCAUAUUUUGACUGAUAUCACUGUUGAAAAGCUGCACCUUGUGCUCCAGAAUAUUACGGCGGUCACCAAUCUUGCAGACGCUUCGAAUCAGCAGGUGAUAAGGCAGACUUUGGAACUUUGUGCCUGCCACGUCACAAGAGUGAUGAAAAUUGGGCUUCAAGAAGAGAGCUUGAGCGUGACAAACGCAAUUGCAGCUUCAUACCUUAUCCUAUUGAUAAUCACCCACAAUCUCUGCGAUAACUUCAUGCUAUACGACAAAUACAUUUCAACUGCCGUUGAUUGUUUCUCCUCCACCGUACAUGCUUUUGUCAGUCGACAACUUGCCCGAAAGGAGGCAAGACCAUUUACUUUUACCGUCGAGUUAUUUCUCGGAUCGAUCUUAAAAGCUGUCAAAUUGGGCUACCUUUCGGAUGAAAAAUACGCAACAAGUCUUAUCUACAGCUUAGUGGAACUGCUUUUGCUUGAUUCUUAUUACUCAAAUGAAUUAUCUGCUGCCAGCCUCGAAAACUUAAAAGUGUCAAGUUCGUUUGGUUUGAGAGCUUUUUUCGAGAACAUACCGAGCCAAAGACUUGGAAUACUUAAUGAGCUGUUACAACAUGCCAGUUCGUUAAGCAGCAGUAAAAAAUCUAUCAGAAAAAAGCUCCAUAAGUUGAGCCUGCCAUUUUUACUGCUUUCUAUGCUUCAAACGCUGAAUUCUUAUUCAUUCGACGCUGACCGCGGGAAGUUGGCACUUACAGAGUUUAUUCAACAUCACCAAUCUGUGUCAAACGAAUUAAUGACUUACAUCGACUACGUGAAUGAGGAAUUGAUCAGGAGGUGUUCUGUCGAUAUUGCUAAUAACAAAGCAAUCCUAGAAAACUACGUGCAAGACCUGACUGUUAUGGUGGUGAAGCCGGAGUGGAGCAUAGCGGAGCUUGUCUUAACUUCGCUACUCAAAAAGCUGCUGCUUUUCUACAGCCCUUCAAAGCUUUCUCCUUUCGCAAUGGAGUUGGUGGCGCUGAACACAAUCAAAACCAUUGGCACGGCCAUUCAGGAGAUUAUUCUGCAAGGGCGUGCGGUUCGAAAAGGUGCUUUAUUAUAUCUUCCGAGUUAUGAAGAGCUUCCGGACUUGCUAUUUUCUUUUCAAAUAUGCCGCGGCGGCCUGCAACAAGCGGGCCUCGAGGAAGCUCAGCGGUUCACUUGGCAUAGACAGAUCGACUGUCUUUUAACUCUAAAGGCUAUAGAGCACGAUUCGCCAGAGAUUCAAAGCGACCUUGAUAAUCUUCUCCUCAAAAGCUUGCGAGAUAAAGCAACAUCUGAUCGAUACGAUUUUUUAAUUCCCCAUGAACCUAAAAAUUGUUCGGUCGAUUACUUUCACACAAUGCAAGUGUCAGAAUUGGCAAAUCUCUACCAUCCUUUUUUAAAGUUGAUAAUCUCUCUCCUGGAAAGAGAUAAGGUCAAGCUUAUGGCUGGCGCUGUUAGAUGUCUCUCUGUACUGGCAGAAAAGGACUCUGAGCUGCUUAUGCAUCCAAUCGUUAGAAAUACUAUCGAAGAAAAACUCAGAAACGCGUCGGCUUCAGUGAAAGAUGCAAUUUUGGAUUUAAUAUUGCAGAAUGACGCCGGCAUUACAUUCUUUCGAUCUAUAAAUCUCAACUUCAAUGAUGAAAGCAUAUCAGUCAGGAAAAAGGUUCUCCAGUUAAAUACUCAGAUUUACGACAGAACAGAUCAGAUUUCUAUUAAAAUCCACGUAGCGUUGAGGCUUCUCAUGGAAACUGAAGACGAAAACGAUAAUAUUGCCAUACCAGCUCAGAACGCCCUUUUGCAAAGGUGGAUUUUAAAGAGUGCAAACACCAAAGCCUUGCCUCAAGAACGAGAAGUUGAAGCCAAAAGUAGCGUCGUAUUGAUUGCGAACCUCCUUGAAAAAGGUGAAGGCAUAUCUAAGAUGUUCGUUCGAUUUCUGAACCAGUACGUUUUGAAAGAGGGGUUACAUGAGGAAACGGUUUUCAAGAACAUAUUGAGCUCUGGUAAUCUUUUCACAAGAAAGGCAGUUGAGCUGGCUAUCGGCCUGCAUUACGAGGAUGAAGCAGGAACGAUGGAAGUGCGCAAUGUAAACCUCAAAAUUCUGAAACUAUUAUGCAUAAUGUCGUCGUGCUCCGUCAGUUUUAUUACUAAAGAUCAAAUCAUGAUGCUAUAUCCUUACCUGUCUGCCGCGGAUCGCUCCGAGUUCGACUACCUGCAUUUGAGAAUUCUGAAAAAUGCAUUCGCUCAGCUCCCAAACUUCAAACCAACUUUCUUACUUGAGUUGGAAACCAUAAUUCUCAACAAGCUUCCUAAAAUGAACACCUUAGAACUAGAAGAGGGAAUUCCUCUCGCCCUAGCUAUUGCUACGCGACGACAGAACAACAGGAGGCUGGCAAAAGCGUGCGACUCGUCUGUGGGCCUCCUAAUCCCGUAUUUAACUCGACUGAAAAGUAAUCCUGGCUCUCUGCAAUUGGAUGGAAAACUUCAGCAGCUAAUACUUUUGAUCACUGGAUUUUCAAGGUUCUGCAGUGGAGCUGCGUUUGCUCAGAAACUUCCCAGUUUAGGAUCUUCUGAAACUCUUCUGGAGUUCACGGCCAAGUUCUUGCUCAUAUUAUGUGGUUCCGACAAUCUGCCGGCUAUUCGCAAGGUUGCGAUGAGGAGCCUACUGAAGUUAGGGACGACUUUUCCUCGUCUCUUUAACUCGCAUCAUUUCAUCAAAUUAAUCGAUACUGAAAUCAAGGAGGGGACGUAUGACAUGAAACUAGUCAUCAUAAGUUCUUUGAAUUUCCUUCUAGUUUCUGAGGAAGAGAAAACAGCCAAAAAUCCCACGACCUCGUUCAAUUCCGACGCCCGCGAAAGUUCGACUCGAAGUAACGAUAGCAUAUGUGCUGGGCUGGUUUCCAGAUACUUGAGUGAAGUUCUUCAUUUUUGCGUAAAAAAUGCAUUAGAUAGGGAACAGCGGUGCGUUCUCGAGUUUAUUUCUCAUGUCCUGAAUUUUGGCUAUGCGAAUCCCUCAAAAUGUAUUCCAACGUUGAUUGCAGUUGCAUGUAGUGAAGAGGCACUAAACCGAGAGUCGACACUAAAAAUAUUGGCUGAUAUGUUUGAACUUCAUGAAAGCAUGGUUUUCAACGGACUUAACCGUGGCCUUAAGCUCGCAUUCAAUCAUGUAUGCCAGAAAGAUUGGGCCUUGCAUCCAAUCAAUACGAUGAUGUUCCGCGGGCUUCAAAAACUAUUUAUGAAGUCCCAUAAAAUGGUAAACGGCUUUCUGACUACCAUGAAAAAGCAUUUUGGGGAAAAGUUAAUUGACGAAUGUAAUAAAAAUCCAGGAAAGGGGGCUUUAGUUGUUAUCUUACUGAAUGUUGCUUGUUUGAGUUUUAAAGAAGGCGCACAGGUUGUUCCUUUCCUUGAUGAACUCGAAGAUGCAAUAGAGCAGGCGGUCGAACUAAUAAAAUAUUCAGAGCACUCAUCACCAGAAAGCAAAAAGGUAAGGGCUAGACUGAUCAAACAUAAAGUUCAAUUUGAACUUACGAAAGAGUUUCUGUCGAAAAUAAUUGCACAGGGAAAUGACGAUCAAAACGAGGACAGUGGAAAAGCCCCGAAGAUUGCAGCUCGCUGCCUCAGAAAUAUUAACGAUCUCUCAAAGGCCUUAGUCGACGUCGAAGACGCAAACGUGGAUAAAGUCCUCAAAGAAUUCGGGAGCUUGAGUUAA